UCAUUUUUACUUCGGUUUGAUUGCAUCAGAAUAGGCCAAACUGUGGAUGUUUUCUUAAGUUCAUCUGGUUUGUGUUAAUUUAAAUUAUUUUAGUUAUUGAAAUUGGACUUACGUUUUAAAUCUUUGUUUGUUUUGAAAUUAUUUUUGUUGGUUAUUGAAUUUUUAUGGUUAAACUAAAUAAAAUUAAAACUUGAUUGAGGUCUUACAAGAUUUUUAACUAAAAGUAAAAAUCAAGAUGGCAACCGAGAAGUAAUUGCAGGAUUUCUGCGACCCAGACAAGGUAUUCACUGUACUAGGGAAGUCAGAGUAUUGUGUGAGCCUAACAAGUGAUUCAAAGUGAAGCCUGGAUAUCAGUGCCAUUUGUGUUCUCUCUUCUGAUUCGAUUUGGAUACACCCUCCUUCCACCAAAGGGAGUCACAAUCUUUCCGGCGCAGGUUUUCAAAGCAUCGAGUUGCUUCUCAACAUCUGCAGUUGAAAAACAUGACCAUGUUCAUUGACAGUCCAACAAAGGGACAAAGCUAUGUCGACUUCAGGUUGGCACAACUGAAAAUUUUCUUUGAGGAGAAAAAGAUGCAAAAUGGGCCUCACACUACCCAAGAACUGGGUAGACUUAACGAUGCUAUUAGCACGAUCUACUUUGCCUGGAGCUCAGUCACUUAUGGUCAGAUUAUUGUUACAGAUUUCUAUAAUCAAAGAGUGUAUUUACUAGAUCCUCAAUAUAAAGACAUAUUGAUUUAAGUGCCCAUCAAAGUGACAUGUGUCAAAUCACACCAAGUAGCGUAGCUGUUGCUGUGGGGCUGCAUGGGGUCCAGUUUGUCGUAGCGAAUGGUGAGCGGCUUCUUCAGGGCAUGAAUGUAUAGGUAUUGUUCAUAAUCAGCAGGACCUGUAUGUCACUUCUGGCACUGCACUUUACAAGCAUUCAAUGAAUGGAGACUUGUUGAUUAAGCUGUAUGAAGAUACAUCAGAUUGGCUAACAGUAGAUAAGUGUGCAGUGAGUCCUUCUGGUGACAAGAUAUUUGUCCCCACCUUUAACCCUAACAUGGUCUGCAUCUUGGCCAGAGAUGGCACAGUUCUCCACACUGUCACGGACCUGGAAAUCCCAUGGGGUAUCCAUGUGACUGAUCUGGAAAAGGUGCUGGUCUGUGGAGGAAAUUCCACUCUGUCAUUCAGCUGGAUAAUGAAGGCAAGAAGAAGGCGACAACUCUUGCUACUUGGAGGGAUAGACUUGCUUACCCACAGUCAGUCUUCUUCAGAAGGAGCACAGCAUCCAUAAUUGUGGAACAAUUUUGCAGCAACAAAAUCCUUGUUUAUAAAGUAAAGUAGUUUUGUUUCACUGGUUUCUGUCAAACAUUUUGGAACAACACUUUCUACAUGAAUUCUUGCAAGAUGAACUUGAUAUGGUAUGGUCUGUCUGAGUAUAGCCAGCCACCAUCAUUGUGGGACAAUUGACUGGCAACACAUUUUUUACUGAUAAAAAUUUUACUUGUAUUUAUGUCAUAUGUUUCAUUACCUAUCACUAUGUUUACAGAAUAAAUAAACACCUAUUAGUACAAGUUCACAUUUAUAUUGUCCUUCACUAAAAUGGCAUCGAUCAUCAAAAAAAUUUUGAAUAUGGACAUUGGAAUUCAAUUAAAUAUUUGAAUAUUUGCACAAAAUUAAUGAGGUUUACAAGUUUGUGCCUCGAUGAUGCCUAUUUUGUAUUUUGUUCGAAUUUUCCAUUAAGGUUAUAUGAAUUGUAUAUGCAUUAACAAUUUGUGCGUUGCUAUUAUUAUUAAACUGCAAUACGUGUUUGAAUGGCAACUAUACUCAAGACAGUUAAACAUUCCACAUAUUUUAAUCAAGAAGCACUGUUUUAUUCAUUGAUGAAUUCUAGCAAAAUGUCUAUAGGCUAUAAUGGCUAAUUUUGUCAUCAGGCCUAAUUCUGCAGAGUAUUGUUUAUUUGGAAGUGUUUAAACAAGUAUAGAAUUAUGAGUUUUAAUUCCCAAUUAAUAGUCGAGAUUUACAACUUUUAUAUUAAUUGUGUAUAACUGUGUUCAAAAAGACGAAGCACUUUUCAAUAUCAAAGUACAACUUGACACCAGACCAUUAAAUGUUCUGUUUUUUUGGAGAAACACUUCCUUUAAGUUAAGUACAAAUUAAACUAUUUACAAAUGAAACAUUAUUAAUUUUGGUAAUAAUACAAAUUUGUGAGUUAUUGAAUUGUGUAUCAACUAUGGGAAAAAAUAAAUAAAAAAAUCAAGUA